UCUGCCGAUCACAGGAAUGAAUAUGAAUUCUAUCAUUUCCCGGGAUUCACAGAUAAAGAUGAUGGAGUCCACAGUGACCAACGCAGAGAAGUACCUUGGUCAGUUCUGCACCAUACUAGCUGCCUACACCCGCAAGACAGCCAGGCUGAGGGACAAGGCAGACAUGCUGGUCAGACAGCUCAGUGACUUUGCCAACACUGAGGAGCCGGAGCUACGCACCUGCCUCAAGAACUUUGCGGAGGACCUUGCCAUGGUGCAGGACUACAGACAGGCAGAGGUGGAGAGGUUAGAGACAAGAGUUGUCACUCCGCUAAAAGCUUAUGGGGAUAUUGUGAAGAACAAGCGAGCAGACCUAAAGAAGUUCAACGCUGAUCGCAACCGUGAGCUGAAAGAGAUCCAGAAAUUGGACAGAAUUCGCCAGAAGAAUCCAUCGGACAGACAGAGCAUUUCUCAGGCUGAAGCUAAUGCACUGCAAGCCUCCAAUAAUAUGAACCGGAGCACUCGACAGCUUGAGGAGACAGUUAUUAACUUCCAGAGGCAGAAAUUGGAGGAUAUCAAGAGAAUCUUCAGGGACUUUUUAACAGUGGAGAUGCUUUUCCAUGCAAAGGCCCUGGAGGUUUAUUCGAAUACCUUCCAGAACCUGGAGAGCUUGGAUAUAGACAAAGACCUGGAGAUGUUCAUGACGAGGAUGCAGGUGUAUGAAGGUUCUUUGGACAAUCAGACACCCCACAGUGUGCACUCCACCUCCUCAAUGCCACGCUACUCGAGUCCAACUUCCUCUUCCCUGAGGCAAUCAUCAGGUUAUCCCAGGAGGUCUCGUAACACCACCUUGCGCAGGCAGCAGGAGAUAGAUGAAGAAGAUGAGGAGGAAGAGGAGUAUGAAUCAGAGGAGGAAGAACAGGAACUACGCAACACCAGGGAGUCCUACGCUUCUGAAUAUGUCAGACUCCGACGACAGCAGAAGUGA